CACAGGGCAAGGAAUAUUUCCUUUACGGUGUUUAACGUAUAAUGGAUAAAACAGAUAGUUCCACAGCCAUGGCGUCUUUAGCGGCCAUGUACACGGAAUCAGACAAAUCGGACGACGAAGAAAAAGGUGAACAAGAGGUUGAUAAAAUCUCAGACGACGAAGCUGAUCCGGACGUCAACAGAUCCAGACCUACGUCCGCCGUGCCAUCAUUUCUACAGGAGGACGACAACAACUCUGUAUCAAGUCUGAAAUUCGGGACUGAUCAAGAAAGUUCAUCUGAGUCCAGAAAACGAAAAGCUAUGAAGUUGGUAUCUUAUACUGGAGAAGACUUAGACGAUGAUGCUGAUCUGGAUGCAGAUGGUGGUAGUGAUAUGGAAGACAGAGUGGAAGUUAUAGCAAAGAUAGGAUUGGUCGAUUAUAACAGCACCAUGGAUCUGGAUUCAUCAUCUUUAUCAAGAAGUGUGUUAAAUCGCUCAUCAGAUGAUGAAAUACAAAUUCCACCAGAGCCUCCAGGUAGAUGUGCCACUCAUCUUCAGACAAAGAUAGCAAAGUUGCAUGAGAGGAUGAGAAGGGAAGGGCUAAGUUUGAGCAGAGCUAUUCAGAGGAAAAAGGAAGUGAGAAAUCCAAGUAUCUACGAAAAGUUAAUUGAUUUCUGCGACAUAGAUGAAAAAGGAACAAAUUACCCACCAGAAAUCUAUGACCCACAUAUCUGGAACAAGCAAUCGUAUUAUGAUGCUUUAGAUAAAGUACAAAAAGCUGAGAUGGAGAAGAGGGAGAAAGAGAGGAAAGAACGGACUAAGGUCGAAUUUGUUACUGGAACCAAAAAGUCUUCAGAUUCCAUAUUAGAUGACAAGAAGAGAAAGAGCAAGUGGGAUGCUCUGCCAUCUCAGCGAACUGCUGCUAGUAUAACCACAGUCACCUCAACCACCUCGUCCAAAACUACUAUCAUUUCAGCCGUGGGAAGCUUCAUGGUGAAGAAAUCAAAAUGAAGCGCCAUGACAUCACAGAUCAUUGUAAUAUACCCAUCUUUAACAAAAAUGAUGCCACAGAAAGAUCCAAAGAUCUGAAUCAACUUUCAUAACAUUCGUUCCAAUGUGCAAUGAGAAUUUAGGGUCUUGUUGUUAUAACAAAUGUGAGUCACCAGAUCUUGAGGUGGCAAGACGACAACCAUUAAUUACCUGGAAUACAUCUUCUGUAACAUUCCACAAGUCCCUGAUCUGCCAUUUUAGAAACAUUGUAUCUAGUCUAAGCCAAAUCAGAAUGUGUACCUACAGUUUGGUGGUUGUAUUUUUUUUUUUUUUUUAUCAUAACACUAAAAUGGGUUUGUACAACAGAACCCAGAAAUAACAGAACAUUAGCCACUCUGGCCUUUGUGGAACAGAUCCCAGGAAUAACAGAACAUUAGCCACUCUGGUUUUUGUUGGACAGAACCUAGGAAUCACAGAACAUUAGUCACUAUGGCUUUUGUGCAACAGAACUCAGGAAUAACAGAUCUUUAGGACCUGGCAUUUGUGGAACAGAGCCCAGGAAUAACAGAACAUUAGCCAUUUUGGCUUUUGUGGAACAGAACCCAGUAAUAACAGAACAUUAGCCACUCUGGCCUUUGUGGAACAUAACACUGGAAUAACAGAACACCAGUUAAACUCCCCUACACGUUUAUUUUUACAUGAUAAUGAACCUCUGUAAAUAUAGUUUAGUAAUGUGUAUCAUUAUUUGAAAGACUUGUACAUAUGUGUUGCCAUGGUAAUACAUGUUUUGUAUCACGUCAGGCUAUCUGUCAGUAUGCUGUGUCUGGAUGUGAUGUCAUGUCUGGUGUCUAUGGCAUGGCAAGCCAGUAAGACAGGCUUGAACAGCAGUAGAGAUACAUACAUUGUACAAUUAAGUACAUACUUAAUUCAUCUGGGGCCUCUGUGGCCUUGUACUUAGUGUGCUAGCGCAGCAGAAGGACCCAGGAGCCUUUCACCCAUGAGAUUGCUAUACAGUACAGUUCCAGUACAGCUCAUGCUUGCUUCCAUUCAGGUUGUACGAGAGAACGUCUGUCAGCAACCUGCAGAUGGUCAAUGGUUUCCACCAGGCUCUGCCCACCAAAAUGCUGGCUGCCUUCGUAUUAGUUAAAUGUUCUUGAGAGCAGCCUGUAUGCCAUGUCAAUGUAACAGAUAGGAAAAUCCCCAUCAAGAUGACCUACUUGUGCACAUACAGUUUAUCGCAGUAUUCUCUCCUGAAUAGAUGAAUAUAAAUCACCAAUGGGAUCUACCUAAGGUACUAAAAUAAUGUUGACGAGACUUCUGAAAUCCCAGUCAAAGACAAUUUAAAUUUUUAUUUUUUCUUCUAUGGCAACCACUGCUCAUGCUGCAUUUUAUUAUAUUGUACUUUUUAGUAUAUAAUGACAGUACAUAUAGUUGAUAUGACCAUGUGCUAAGAAUUCAGUUUGGUGUAGAGACCAUAGUAAACACAAAAUACCAUUGCAUUCUGAGAGCACCAGACUGAACUGAUUUGAAUACCAGUGCCUGUAUGCCUGAAAUACUUGUUGUCAGGGUGAUGGUAUUUAUCUCAGGUGUGACUCACUCAAAGUACAUACAUCACAAAACAUAAUUACAUGUAUUGUCAUUGGUUGCUUAAACUUACUUGUCCAGAUAUACAGUAAGUGCACUAAACAUGUACAUUUAUCCUUUCUUCAUCAUUGAUGUUCUUCAGCAGCACAGGGUCUUGAUAAAGUUUCAUUGUUGCCUAAGUGCUAUUUUGUGUAGGUUGAUUCUUGUUUCUAAAUUUCCAAAGGAUGAAAAAUUAAUUACCUUUUUGUGAACUUUUCUUCAAAUGGAAUUGCGCUGUUAAAUUUAAAUGGGAGUUUUUUGUAUGGUAGUGUUUGUUUUACCUUGUAAGGUUUUUGUUUUUU